AUCGCCCAGUGACUUUACAACGUUCUACAGAUAAGUGUCGUCUAUAUUCCGUCAAAUUGCGCUAUUUCAUAACAUUUGUUGGAUUUUAGGUUGUACAACAAAGAGAUAAGGACUCUUACCUGAAAUGUCUGAUCAAAAAGAUCGACAAGACGAUUCUGUUGGUGAUUUAUGGGUGUCGAAUUGGGAACAACAAUGCUUGGAACAACUCGAAAACGAAGCGAAUUAUGACGAGCGUUUGUUAGCAGACCGGGAAGAUUCCACCCAAAAAUUAUGGCUUUCCUUUCAAAAUUCGGCGACGGCGGUCGCCCAGUUAUAUAAAGAUCGCGCAUCUUGCCAGCACUGUACGCCGGCAGUGUGGAUCUCUUUUCAAAAUGCUGCGACAGCAGUCACACAGCUCUAUAAAGAUUGCUUCGAAUUGCAAAGAAGGGGAAUAGAUUUAGCAAUCCAAACUGGUCAGCAGAGAAGAACAAGGGACAUGGUCACAUGGGCUAAAAAAAGAAGACGACAUGUUCGUCGAGAUGACUUGUUAGGUUUUCUUUGUGGUAAAACAGUUCCACCAAGAACACGACCCACAGCGUUACGAAGUUAUGAUCGUAGUUCUCCUAGACACUUCAGUCCUGCUAGUGAUGGAUUAUUAUCUCCAGAUACUGAGAUGCAACCCUUUAGAGAGGCAUUAGCUUUACAUGGUUUGAAUGGUGCAAUGGCAAACAUUAGUGUAGAUAGUACUUCUACAUCUACAAAUGCUCAGGGCAAUGUACACUUUGGAAGGCGGCGCCAUGGUGGUUUUCCAGAUAUUAACCCAGAAGAACUGUUUAAUGUAUCGGACACUAGAAAAAGAAACUCUGUUGUAUCUUCAGACGUUCUAAUGGACUCUCCACCCCAUAAACGUAGCAGAUUCUUAUAGUAAAACAAUCAGGCUCUUACCUCAACAUGGUAUUACAUACUUGGGAAUUGGACAUUUUGUUUUUGUUUAUUUUUGAAAAGUAUAAUGUGCCAACAGAAGAGAAGGCAUUCAUUCAUUCACUCACAAGAAGCCAUUCUAUAUAUAUUGUCUCAAUAGCUUGCCAAGAUUUUGCUUUUUCUUGGAUAGUCUGACUGUAAUGUAUGCUGUUACAUUUGUAUGUUAGAUGGGAAAAAGAGGGCUUCUAAAAGAAACCUCUUAUACUGGGCUUUUUGCUAGCACAACUAAAUCGAUUGCUUAUAAUAUUAUUAAAUGUAAUAAAUUUUCUGUUUAAAGUUUCA